AUGCAGCUCUGUCUCAGAUCAUCAUUCGAGCAGGAUUAUCCGGUAGAUCAGCUAGAGAUCAUCUUCUGUAUUCAAGAUCCACAUGAUCCGGCCAUUGAGAUUGUACAGUAUCUCAUAUCGCAGUAUCCGAAAAUAGAUGCCAAAUUGAUGAUAGACGACACUUCUGGGGGGUUCCCGGAUAAUUACGGGCCCAACCCAAAGAUUAAUAACCUUUCCAAAGGUUAUAAAGCUGCGAAAUACGACGUCCUAUGGGUUAUAGAUUCGAACGCUUGGGCACGGCCGGAUACACUUAAAAGAUCGAUCUAUUCCAUGGUUCACAAUUUACACAACGGUCGUAAAGUGAACGGAAGUAAACGAGUUAAGAUGAUGAACCAUAUUCCCUUGGCAGUAGCCUUAGACGAUACCUCUAUGGGUUGUUAUUUAGACGAGAUGUUUCUUUCAUCAUCACAUGCCAAAUUCUAUGUAUCGCUUAAUACUUUGGCUGUAGCGCCUUGUGUUAACGGCAAAUCAAAUAUAUAUAGACGGUCAGAUCUUGACCACGCUGUGGCUCGUAUGGGGGAGCAGGCAUCCCAUGAGAGUGUGGAUGGUCUCAGUGGUAAUAACUUCAGUGAUGCCCGGUACUAUGGGUCUCAUCCAGGGGAGGGAAUACGGUUCUUUGCUCGGUAUAUUGCUGAAGAUAACAUGAUAGGUCAAGCAUUAUGGGACUAUGUGGGAGGUCGAGCAGGAAUGAGUACAGAUGCCGUUGUUCAGCCAUUAGGAGGAACAAAUACUCUUUCUGAUUAUAUUAAUAGGCGUGUGAGAUGGUUGAGAGUUCGCAAAUAUAUGGUUCUUGCUGCUACUUUAGUUGAGCCGGCUACAGAAUGUCUUAUGAGUGGUCUAAUUGGCUCCUUUAGUCUCAGUGUGAUCUUUUGGCAGUGUAAAUUUAAUGUGCUCUAUUUUUCUCUGCAUGUUCUGAUCUGGUUUUUGGUGGAUUACUGUCAGUUUCAUUUAUUGGCUAGUUAUGUUAAAGCUCUACCUACAGACGGUACCAGUUGGCAGUUUCCAUAUUUUUUGAGGACAUCAUAUCACUGUCAAGGUGGAUUGAUGAGUGUGGCACAAUUUAUUCCUGUUUGGAUUACUAGAGAAUUGUUGGCUUUUCCUAUUUGGUUAAUUGCUAUGAUUGGUUCAAGGAUUGAUUGGAGAGGACAACCUUUCAAGAUUAAGGCUGAUUUAACUGCCGAGAGACUUUAG